GGCCACCUCCUCCUCGGAUGUGGACUUCAUCAUCUCGCCCAGUCCCCAGGCCGACCCACGGGUCGCUCCACUCGCGCUGCUGUCGGGCAUCGUGGAGCGGCUCAGUGGGGGCGGCUUGGUGGACCCGGAGUCGGCGCGCAUGAUUGAAACACGCUCGCACUUCCGCACCUCCGCGAACCGCCCCAAGCCACUCCGGAUGCUGCAGCAACAGCCGCAGCAACAGCCGCAGCAGCAACAGCCGCAGCAACAGCCGCAGCAGCAGGACCCCUCAGGACACCCCUCUGAUGGGCAGCAGGGAGGCGGCGGUCGCGAUGCAUCCGCGCAUGACGACAGCAGCUGCACUUGGCUAGGCGUGUGGCGCUUCCCCUCCAGCGGCCGCUACUGCCGCAUUGACAUCAAGUGCUACCGCCGCCGCUGCCUGCCCUUCGCUGUCAACUACUUCAGCAGCGGUACCGACUUCAAUCGGGCGCUGCGCUACUGGGUGUCCACCCGUCAGCCGCUCAUGCGCCAGCUGGCCUCCCGCCACCACCCC